AUGGACGGCAGCGGCGGCCGCGGCCGCGUCCGGCUGAAGGCGCACUACGGCAGGGACAUCCUGAUUACCAGCGUGGACCCUGCGACGAGCUUUGAGGAGCUCUGCGCGGAAGUGAGAGACAUGUGCAGCCUGCACCAGCAGCACCCGCUCACCCUCAAGUGGGUGGACAGCGAAGGUGACCCCUGCACUGUGUCCUCCCAGAUGGAACUGGAGGAGGCCUUCCGUCUGGCCUGUCAGCGCAGGGACGAAGGGCUCGUCAUUCACGUUUUCCCGAGCAUCCCCGAGCAGCCAGGCAUGCCGUGUCCAGGGGAAGACAAAUCCAUCUACCGCCGUGGAGCCAGAAGAUGGAGGAAGCUGUACCGCGCCAACGGCCACCUCUUCCAAGCCAAGCGCUUUAACAGGAGAGCGUACUGCGGCCAGUGCAGCGAGAGGAUAUGGGGCCUGGCCAGGCAGGGCUACAGGUGCAUCAACUGCAAACUGCUGGUCCAUAAGCGCUGCCACGUCCUCGUCCCGCUGACCUGCAGAAGGCAUAUGGAUUCUGUCAUGCCUUCCCAAGAACCUCCGGUAGACGGCAAAAAUGACGACAUGGACCUUCCUUCCGAGGACACUGAUGGAAUUGCUUAUAUCUCUUCCACCCGGAAGCAUGACAACAUUAAAGAUGAUUCUGAGGACCUUAAGCCGGUUAUCGAUGGCAUAGACGGCAUCAAAAUCUCUCAGGGGCUCGGGCUGCAGGACUUCGACCUGGUCAGGGUCAUCGGGCGUGGGAGCUACGCCAAGGUCCUCCUGGUGCGGCUGAAGAAGAACGACCAGGUCUACGCCAUGAAGGUGGUGAAGAAGGAGCUGGUGCAUGACGACGAGGACGUCGACUGGGUACAGACCGAGAAGCACGUGUUUGAGCAGGCAUCCAGCAGCCCUUUCCUGGUCGGCCUACACUCCUGCUUCCAGACGACAAGUCGGUUGUUCCUGGUGAUAGAGUAUGUCAGCGGGGGGGACCUCAUGUUCCACAUGCAGAGACAGAGGAAGCUCCCGGAGGAGCAUGCCAGGUUCUAUGCUGCUGAGAUUUGCAUCGCUCUCAACUUCUUGCACGAGAGAGGGAUUAUUUACCGGGACCUGAAGCUGGACAAUGUCCUCCUCGACGCAGACGGACACAUCAAGCUGACGGACUAUGGCAUGUGCAAGGAAGGCCUGGGCCCUGGGGACACAACGAGCACUUUCUGUGGAACCCCGAACUACAUUGCCCCGGAAAUCCUGCGCGGAGAGGAGUACGGGUUCAGCGUGGACUGGUGGGCGCUGGGCGUCCUCAUGUUUGAGAUGAUGGCUGGCCGCUCGCCCUUCGACAUCAUCACCGACAACCCCGACAUGAACACCGAGGACCACCUUUUCCAAGUUAUCCUGGAGAAGCCGAUCCGGAUCCCCCGGUUCCUCUCCGUCAAAGCCUCCCAUGUCUUAAAAGGAUUUUUAAACAAGGACCCCAAAGAGAGGCUCGGCUGUCGGCCACAGACUGGAUUUUCCGAUAUCAAGUCUCACGCAUUCUUCCGCAGCAUAGACUGGGACCUGUUGGAGAAGAAGCAGGCCCUCCCUCCGUUUCAGCCGCAGAUAACGGACGACUACGGUCUGGACAACUUCGACACGCAGUUCACCAGCGAGCCCGUGCAGCUGACCCCAGACGACGAGGACGUCAUUAAGAGAAUCGACCAGUCUGAGUUCGAAGGCUUCGAGUACAUCAACCCAUUACUGCUGUCCACCGAGGAGUCUGUGUGA